AUGUCACCCCAGCCGGACGCCCAAGGAAAUACCUCACCCCCCGCAUCGGUGAGGUCGAACGCCAGCCAUGGAGUUCGCACGCCGGACCCCGAGCACGACCAAGUGACGCCCAAGACCCUCUCCCAGACGGGCCGUUCACGCACGGCUCCCAUUGUCCACGAUAACAACAACCUUUGGAAGUCGUCAAUUGAUCGCCCCCAGCUGGACGAGCGCGACAGCAUAUUCGCGACUACAUAUCUCCACACCGACAGCCCCAUUUCCUCUCCGCGGGCCAGCGCACGCAAUGUAGACCCCGCCAACGAUGCUCCCGAACACAGUCUGUCAGAGAUGGCAGCACCAGCACCUCCCCAGAGGCGAUUGAUGGAUCCGCCCAUCAUUCGUAGGAAACAUUCCACCCUCCCGCCAUCCACUUCUUCUAUCGACCACCAAGCCGUCUUGACUACCCCCUUCAACCCCCGCGCUGCCAUUGCAGCUGGUGUGGGUUUCGACGCCAUCCAUCACAGUCCUCCGCCCUUUAUGAGUCCCGUCGAUUCGCCCGUGCAGCAUCCCAGCACCCCACCGCGUCCCGAACUCCAAUACGAGGCUCUUCUCGAGAGCGAGGAGAGACGUAGGAAUAGAGAAUGGCGUGAGGGAAAGCCUGUUCCGUUCAAGGGCAACAUGAUCUCCGACCAGCCUGUCAUGGACAUUGAGAUGGAAAAGAAGAUUGAAGCAACACUUGCCAAGACUGAGCAACCUACGUCUGCCCGCAGUCGGAAAGCAAGCCACUAUCUACGCGUAUUCAAGGAUGGCGACCCGACCGAAGAACCGAGGAAGAAGGAUAACAAGGCGAGAGAGCGUCCGUCCGUUGAGAGGACCCUGUCCACGCUUUCAGAGGAAGCCACAAACGAGACUGUUGCUCUGAUUGAUCAGCUUCGUCGCGCGUCAAUGGCGUCCUCCGUCGUACAGUCACCUCUGGGUGGUCCAAUUGAGUCAUACUUUGAAGCGAAAGUCGCACCUCGCACGGAACCAGGCGCUGUCACCACUCCUUCUGAUGGAAGCACGCGACCGGAUGUGAGCACUCCAGACAAGAAGCAAUUCCCGCGGCGUCUUCUCGAGGACAUUCGCGGCUUCGGAAACUUGACCCCCGGCGCGGACCCAAGAUCGUUGCUCUCACGCAGUCUUCCUACCUCGGCUGUGGAGAAGGUUCACGCACACGCACCAACGAACGGAUCAGCACACUAUCACGAGCCGUCCGAUUACUUCCAAGUCAAAGAUGGAGGCAACAGAGAACGUACACCGGGCUCGGAGGAAGAGGACGAAUCGGAAAAAGAGCAAAUAUCUUCAGCUCUAUACUUCCCCCAUAGGCGUCUCAAGACAAGUGAGCAACUGCCUACAGAAACACAGAACCGAGAUAGAGAGGUGAAUGCUGUCGAGAAGAGGGCUUCGACCCACGAAGUUGCGGGGCCAAAGGGCUGGGCCACAGAGAAGGAUGUGCAAACCCCACAAGAAGUAGAAAUUUCUCUACAGUCCCAAGAUACCAAUCAAUGCCUUCAUGGUGAUAUCUCCACGGCGACUUCCGUAAAGAAAGACAAAGAACAACCGCUGACAUCCGCUGGCGAUGCGCUUUCAGCUGAAUCUGAAUCUGAGUCGAUUGCCGAAUCUACCCAGUCACAUCUUGGUUAUGAAUCCAGUGCGACUGAUGACCUAGGAACGACGCCCACUGCGACUACGCACAAACAGGAAGUUAAAGCCGCUGCGCCACAGGUAGCUCAGCCACCUGCCCCACUGGGAGCUGUGGAGCUGAAGCCGUACGAUCACCAAGUGGGCGGCCAUUCCACUGUUUACCGUUUUUCAAGACGAGCAGUUUGCAAACAACUAAAUAAUCGUGAGAAUGAGUUCUACGAAACAGUGGAGCGGCAGCACCCAGAGCUAUUGGAAUUCUUGCCAAGGUACAUUGGCGUCUUGAACGUGACUUAUCGAAAAGCACCCAAAAAGAAAAAGGGCGCCAAGGACAAAGCGAAAUCUGAUGCCGCGCCAACAACUUCUGCAACACAGUCAGAAAAUGCUUCAAGACAGGCUUCCAAGGCUCCUGGAGAUCGAGGCAAAGAUGAACAGCCCCGAGUAGUCAGUCACUCGCAACAAGUUGGUAUGACCAUUCCUCAGGUAAUAUUCGAGAACAAUCGGCAUAUCAUCCCAGACAACCUAUUCCGUGUGCCGCCACGUUCCACCACUCCAGAUCCAUGGAUGAGGAAUUCCUCAAUCUUACAGCAGCAACAUCGGCGAAACCAGAGUGAUUACGGACAUGUCUCUCAAAGUCCAACACGGCCUCCGUUGCAGCAUACCAGCAGUUGGGGUGUCACGACAAUCAACAGAAAAUUACAAGAAGAAGUGCUUCGUCAAGUUUUCGCACCGCCACCCAUCCAUCAUCGGUCGCGUCACCACCACCAUGGAAUCUCUACCCGUAAGGCUGGAAGAGAUACACCACAGACUGUGGCUGGUUCUGCGCCUACCAUAAGGAGAAAUAGCACAGAUGUAUCUGGUUUGCAUCCACCACUGACAGAAGAGUGCACACGAAAACAAGUAUUGAAAGCUGAAGCACACCGACAUGCUUCCGACAAGAACCCCGAUUCUGCCCCUUCUAGCUCGGCUGGACGGCCAGAAAUGAAUGGCGAUACCUUGAAGCCAUCGCAAAACACUAUACCCCGCCGUCGUCACUCUGGAAGCGGACUUACUAGGAGACCUUUGGGAAUAGAUACUAUCCAGAGACACAACCUGGAAUACUAUGAAGAGGACGGCUAUGGUGGUGAUGCCGAGGAGGAGGUAUUUGCCAUGGACGAGGAUCGCAAUGCCCUGUCCGACGCAAAGGAACAGAACAGGGGUCGGUCUGUGCAAGUUUCCGGCACACUCAAUGGCUCCGAUGCUCAGAGGCCAACGGAGGGUGCCAUGCUGCCAGCUCCAGCUGUUCCUAAUGGCACGGGUGCUCCGCCUAAGGAUGAACCCUCCAACCCUGAUCAGGCGCAGCACCAGCCUGACGAGCGCGUUCAACACUUCAUCCUCCUUGAAGACCUUACUGCUGGCAUGACAAGGCCUUGUGUCUUAGACUUGAAGAUGGGUACGCGCCAGUAUGGUGUGGAGGCCGAUGAGAAGAAACAGCGGUCUCAACGGCGCAAGUGUCAGAUGACCACGAGUGCUCAACUCGGCGUGCGAGUCUGCGGUAUGCAAAUUUGGAACGCCAAGACCCAGAGCUACAUUUUUGAGGACAAGUACUUCGGUCGAGACCUGAAAGCAGGAAAAGAAUUUCAGGACGCGCUUAAGCGCUUUUUCUGGGAUGGGACGAGCUACAAAGCAGCAACGAGACAUAUACCCGUCAUAUUGGAGAAGAUCAGCCAACUGGAACGCAUGAUACGAAAACUCCCAGGAUACAGAUUCUACGCAAGUAGUUUGUUGAUGCUCUAUGACCGUGGGGACGGUGAGUCGAAGGAGAAAGAUGCAGCACCCUCUUUACCUAACGGCUUGUCGAACCCGAGCAACGAAGACGUUUCAACAAUACCAUCUGGACUUACAUCACCAGGGCCGACAGUCGCUUCUAAACCGCCACCCAAGAAGCACGGAGAGAUCAAGCUGAAAAUUGUCGACUUUGCCAACUGCGUGACUGCAGAAGACCCUCUACCAGACGAUUUACCUUGUCCACCUGAAAACCCUGACGGCAUUGACAGAGGCUACCUCCGUGGUCUCCGAUCACUACGCCUCUACUUCCAACGAAUUUGGAAUGACAUCAACGAGGAAUGGGUCGAACGAGGCGAGGGCGAGGGCAUGGCGCGAAAUCAUCACCAUGGCCCUGGUUUAGGUGAGGUUGGUGCGGGUUGGAUGGAUGAUGCUGGUGGUGAGGAUACAGGCUACGCCAGUUUCUAA